AUGCAGUACAUCAGCACACGAGGCGGCGACGAGCGUGUCACCUUCGAAGAAGCGGUGUUUCGAGGUCUAGCUCAGAAUGGCGGCCUGUUUAUUCCAGAGAGAAUACCUUCAUUGCCGGAAGGCUGGGAGAAGUCGUGGGCUACGCUGAGCUACGUCGAGUUGUGCCACCGGGUCCUAUCGCUCUUUAUCCCCCCCACAGCGGAGGAGGGUGGUAUUGCCUCUGCGGAUUUGUACGAGAUUAUUGAUCGCUCGUACUCCACCUUCCGCGAUCCGCAAGUGGCGCCGCUCACGCACGUCACGGAGCGCGAGUGGUGCUUGGAGCUGUGGCAUGGCCCCACGUUUGCCUUCAAAGACAUUGCGCUCCAGCUUCUCGGCAACCUGUUUGAGUACUUUCUGAAGCGCCGGAACGAGGGACGUGCGGAGAACGACAAGGAAACCAUCACCGUUGUUGGCGCAACCAGUGGCGAUACGGGCAGCGCUGCGAUCGCUGGCCUUCGGUCCAAAGAGCACAUCCAAAUUUUUAUCCUGCACCCCUACCGCCGUGUGAGUGCUGUACAAAACGCGCAGAUGACUACGGUCCUUGACGAGAAUGUGCACAAUCUCGCGGUCGACGGCACGUUUGACGAUUGCCAGGAUAUUGUCAAGGCGUUGUUUGGCGACAAGACGUUCAACGACAAGUACAAACUCGGCGCGGUAAACAGCAUCAACUGGGCUCGUAUUCUCUCGCAGAUCGUGUACUACUUCUAUGCGUUCUUUACGCUCAAGGAGAAAGAGCCGGCGCUCGACAUGCGUACGGUCCAGUACGUCGUUCCCACGGGCAACUUUGGCGACAUUUUGGCCGGGUACUAUGCCAAGCGCCUCGGCGUGCCCAUGGAAAUCCUCAUUGCUGCCACCAACAGCAACGACAUUCUCCAGCGGUUCUGGGCGACGGGUAGGUACGAGAAACGCGCCACGCAUCAAAGCAGCUCGUCCCAAUUCGUCUCGGAGACGCUCAGUCCUGCCAUGGACAUUCUGGUCUCGUCCAACUUUGAGCGUCUUCUCUGGUACCUCGCACACGACACGGACAUGGAAUCGAGCGACGAGGCGCAUCGCGCCCAAAAGGCCGGCGCGCAGGUCGCGUCCUCCAUGAGCAAGCUCAAAACCAAAGGCGCAUUUUCCGUCUCGCCCGAGGAGCACAAGCUUGCCCGGCACGAUUUCGUGUCCUUCCGUGCGUCUGAUGAGGAGACCAAGGAGACGAUCCGCAAGUACUACGCAAUCAAACGCGACGAGGGCAAGUACCUUGUCGAUCCGCACACCGCCGUCGGAUUCAACGCUGCAAACAAGGCUGCCGUGCACGAGCACACGACGCAGAUCAUUCUCUCCACGGCCCACCCCGCCAAGUUUAGAGAGUCAGUGCUUGCCGCCGUUGCGGAUCCCCGCGAUUUGCCUCUCGCCGAGAACCUCUUUGACCAGUACGUCAUUCCUCCGGAGCUGCGUGGGAUGCUCGAGCUUCCGCGCCGCUUCACACGCGUUUGCGUUGCGGAUGCACCGCAGAAUGCGGGCCCGACGCAGUUCGACAAGCUUCUUGCACGCACCAAACAGAUUAUCGAGGAGCAGAGUUUCUAA